AUGCGCACGGUGUUGGUGGUGGUUGCGUGUGUUUGUGUUGUGUUGGCGGCGGUUGUGGCCCGAAGCGAUGUUGGUCCGCGCAGCCUGGUGGCCUGCGCCGUGGUGUCGGUGACCAAAGCGCUUGGCAGGCCUGACACGCACGCCGUCCCCGCAGACGACCCAGCUGCCGUUGCCGUGGCACGACGCGAGCUCGACCAGCAGUCGUGGUUGGGCAGGGUCGUCUUCCUCGCGCCGGCGCUUUCGCACAUUCGAACCGUGGAAGGCACCGUCGCUGACACCGUGCCUGUGCGCUGUUACGUUCAUCCAUCAAACCACCAGGCAUUACGGGACGUGGUGGUGCUGAUUCACGGAGGCGGGUUUGUGGUGGGGUCGCCCGACAGCCACGACCACUUGGCGCGGGAGAUGGUGGAGGCAACUGGGGCCAUGGUGGUGAGCGUGGACUACAGGCUUGCGCCUGAGCACAAGUUUCCUGCAGGGCAGGAGGAUGUUGUCACGGUCCUCAACACCUUGGCCACGCUCGCCGAAGCGAAUGAACAGCAACACCCAUCCGCACCAGUCAAUCCGAGGUCGAUUGUGGUGCUGGGCGAUAGCGCAGGCGGCAACCUUGCUGUGACAUCCCUGCUUCGAGCGCACUUGCAAAGCCUCUCGCUUGUGCACAAGCACGUGGCGGGGAUGCUGCUGGCGUAUCCCACGGUGCACACGUGCCACCACGAGCUGUACCAGAGCUUUGCCCGGUAUGGACAGGGCUACCGCUUGACAGCGGCUGCCGUGGCCUGCACCUCUAUGCAAGUGACCCACCCUGCCCAUCCGCUGCUGUCGCCGAUUGAAGCGCCAGCACCGCUGCUGGCUGCCCUGCCGCCUGCAGCCCUGGUCAUGGCCGAGUUUGAUCCUCUGGUGGACGAAGGGGUGGCGUUUGCUGCGCGCCUGCGUGACGCUGGGGUGCAGGCCGACUCGCGCGUGUUUCCAGGCACGAUUCACGGCUUUGUCUCCGUGCCGCUCGACCACCACGAUGAGGCAAUGUCGUUCCUGGCGUCAUCAGCCACAGCCAUGCUGGCCCGUUGA